AUGAGCCUAGAUGCUGCCAGAGCAGAGCUUGCCCUUGCAGUCUUGUACUUGAACAAAGCGAAGGCAAGGGACAAGAUAUGUAGGGCUAUACAAUAUGGUUCAAAAUUCCUGAGUAAUGGAGAGCCUGGCACUGCACAAAAUGUUGACAAAUCAACUAGCUUAGCAAGGAAAGUGUUCCGUCUUUUCAAGUUUAUCAAUGAUCUGCAUGGUCUUAUUAGCCCAACUGCCCCAGGAACCCCACUUUCUUUCAUCUUGUUGGGAAAGUCAAAAAAUGCAUUACUGUCAACUUUCUUGUUUCUGGAUCAAAUUGUAUGGCUUGGAAGGACAGGCAUUUAUAAGAACAAAGAAUGCCCAAGAACCCACCCUGCUGCUUCCACGCACACACACGGAGGAAAAGCCAAGCAGUCCAAUUAA